AUGUCCACUUGCAAUCAGACAGACGCAGCUAAUGCAGCUGUAUUCGUGAAAUCAGACCCAGUCCCAGAUUCAGCCAGGCUCGUCCAAGGCCCUGACUUUGAGCAGCCGCAGUCUCUGCAGGGUUUGUUAUCUGCGUACGAGACUAUAGGAUUUCAAGCAACGGGACUGGCUAGGGCGGUGGAAAGAUCGUGGAGGCUGUCUGAUGAAGAUAGAGCUGAGGACGAUGAUACACCCGAAGAGGAGCGCAGGAACACCACGGCGAAUAUCUUUCUCGGAUACACAUCUAAUCUAAUCUCAAGUGGUUUGAGAGAAAUAAUGCUGUUCCUGGUGAAGAAUAAGUACGUAAAUGUACUGUGCACCACUGCUGGCGGCGUGGAAGAAGACUUUAUCAAAUGCCUCGGUCCUGGUACUUAUUUACCCACCGGCGAUGGCUGGAAUCUUGAUGGCGCUCAUCUACGCAAGAAGGGAAUGAACAGGAUAGGUAAUCUCCUCGUACCAAAUGAGGCUUAUUGUCGGUUCGAGGAUUGGGUUGUACCCAUUUUAGAUGCGAUGAGGGAGGAACAAGAUACAGAACAAACACGUUGGACACCUAGCAAGGUUAUACACCGACUGGGGAAGGAGAUCAACGAUGAGCGGAGUGUGUAUUACUGGGCUUACAAGAACGACAUUCCUGUCUUCUGUCCAGCACUCACAGAUGGCUCACUGGGAGACAUGAUAUACUUUCACUCAUACAAAAAUCCAGGACUGAAUAUCGAUCUCGUUGGUGAUAUUAGAAGGCUCAAUGACCUUUCAGUAAGGUCUAAAAAGGCGGGUAUCAUUAUAUUGGGUGGUGGUGUAUGCAAGCAUCAAGUGUGCAAUGCCAUGUUAUUUCGCAAUGGGGCAGAUUACGCCGUAUAUGUCAAUACUGGCCAAGAAUUCGACGGAUCAGACGCAGGAGCUAGACCUGAUGAGGCCAUAUCAUGGGGGAAGAUAAGGAGUGGAGCGGAGUCAAUAAAAGUGAGUGCAGAUGCCACGCUUGUUUUCCCUAUGUUGGUGGCAGCGACAUGGGGAAAAGCACAUUGGGAGAAUAGGCAGUAA